AUGUUAAUGUUUUCCGCUUGCGGUGGCGAUUGGUGGAAACUUGUGUGCCACGGCAGGGGGAGGAUAGUUGCCCACGGUUACCUGGGUGCCAAAGCAGGGCUCAUGCGGCUGUUCAAAGAAAUCAUCUGCAAACACAAUGGAGAAGGCUCAUCUCCCCCCUCCAAAGCACUUCUGCGCACCCAUGAAAGACCAUCCUCUAAUCACGAGGAGGAGGAUUCAGCAGACAGCACGAAGCAAGUGUGCCAGGCUUUCAUGAAUAUGGGGAAUCAGCAGGCCACAAAACUUCAGCCUAAUUGUCAUUUUGAAAGUUCUGAUGCUUUACUAAAAUCCCAAAGGAAACAGAUCCCUCGGAAGAGGAGGAGGAGAGCAGAAGGGUUAGUUUACACUGGUAAACUUCAUCAUAACCUCAAGAUGACAACUGGGACUCCACAAGUGCCUCUGAAGGCGAAAAGGCUGACAAAGCCUAAUACAACAAGUUCUCCUAUCUUUGGAGAGUGGACUUCAGCUGCCAGAGGAAAACAGUUAGUUGCAAAAGAAAGUGAGGAAAAAAGUGAUUCAUCACAGGUGUUAAAGCCAGUGUGGAGGGUGAAACUCUCCGAUGCUUCACCUGCAAGUUCACAGAAGUCGCUCAGCAAGAAAAGUCCUCUUUUUUCCAGAAAGAUUUUCUCUUCAAAGCAAGAAUCUUCUCCCCAUGACUCAGACACUGAGCUUUCUGAAUAUGAUAAUGACGUUUGCUCCAGGUUUUCCUCUGACGCUAGUGACGGGGCAAAAAGCAGCAAAGCUACAAGCCAGACACAUGAGAAAAUGAAGGCUGAAAAUGUUGAGAUGAAGUCGACUCAGGAGGCUGCAGAACAGCGGGUGAUGGGCAAGAUCGAGGAGGUGGAAAGGAUCAUACGCAGGGUGAGUCUCACCAGCUCAGACUGGAUCAAAGAUGGUGGUGAAGAACAAGAUGAAACUCAGAUGUCCUCAUUGGGGUAUCUUCAAGAGCACCAGUUUCUGCAGCAAAAAAGCCAAGCUGAGUUUAAAACUCAGUCCCGGCUGGACAGCCAGGGCAGCAGCUGCAAUGACGACGGUCCUCUGAUAGUUGAAGAGCUUCGUAUUCUGGGUGAAGCUCUGAGCCAAAGUCUCCAACAGGCCCUGAAGAUGGAAGAAUGGAAAACUAAGGGUGAGGAGCAAAGUCACGUGAUGCAAAGGCCUCUGAAUCUACCAUCGCUUCCUCACCAGUUUACCUUCUCUGUUCCAGAUAGGUCCUUAUCGUGCUCUUUCUCACCCACCCUGUCUGCCAGAACAUGCAGCAGUUUGGAAAGCUUGUCCCCAAUCUUGUCAUCUCCUCUCACAUCCAGUCUGACCAAUGUGACUGAUCAGCAUGAAGCAGAAAUCUCAGAUGGACACAGAGUGUGGACCAACUCAGAAGAAGAUAAACUGGUUGCUCUGGGACCUGGAGGCUGUAAAAGUACCACUAGCAACCCUGUAGGAGCAGAAACUGAUUGGAGGCACACACAGAAGCAGUUUUCGCUUUCAGACCAAGAAUAUCUGCUCUCUUCAGAUGAGGUUCUGCAGAAGCAGGAGGAGCUCUGGCAACUGGAGGUGGAGGAGUCUCUGUCCCACUGCAGGUCUCUUUUUCAUCCAUCCAGACCAAAACACGUUGACUUCUUGCGCAUCACCGCCCCUGAUGAUGACAUCACGGAAACACCCCCUGCCACACCUGUUCCCAAAGAGCUGAGGCUUUUAGCCUCCUCUUCUUGCUGCCUUUGUAACUGUCAUUCUGAACAAUGUGUUCUUGCCAAGAAAUUUGCUCUGGAGGAUGUGAAGCUGACUGGAUAA